GGACCCUGGACUUGCCUUGUUUCGAGAAACAGCGAAGAAACAGUGGAGAAAACGAUUCGCAUCCCCGCCGAGAGACACCGGCAAGACACUCGGUCGUUGCUCAAAACAGUACUGUGGCCGUGCAUGUCUCGUCUCGGGGAACGAACGACUGGAACGUCACCGCUUAAAUUCCUUCGUUUAUCUGCGGAAGGUCUCCUGCGGAUUGCCUCUGAGCAUCUUCGGCGAAAACCUGCGGGUUUUUCUCCCCAUUUCCGGCGACUGCUCUCGUCGACACUACGCAAAAGGCUUCUCUUGUCCCCCUCCCCCCCCCCCAUCCCCUGUGAAGCCUGUUCUCCUUUUUCUUCAAGCACACAAAGCCGCAGAAGGCGCCGUUCCGUCUCCUCCACUCUCUUCGCCUUUUUCAGAGCUCCAGGGCGUCUUGCCCUCUCUUCGAGUCAACGUUUGCGCAGCUUCGUCCGUCCUUUUCCUGCCCUCCCCCUGCGACAAGUGCAGCGCCUUCCCCGGCCUCCUACUACCUCCCUCUGCCCCCCAACUGACACACACUGCGCGAAUACCUUUUUCCUGUCUUCUCUCUCACUGAUUCUCGCAGAGUCGAUUCUCAGGAAGAUCGCCUCUCAACCGUUUCUAUAACUUUCACCUUCCUGCCCUUCCCUUCUCCUCCACUCCCCCCUUCUCUUCCACUCCCCCCUUCUCUUCCACUCCCGCGCCUCUCAGCCUCGGCGCCAUAUUCGUCUUCGCCUGCUUCGCCUCCUCUGCGUCUUCUCCUGGGUGUUGUUCUUCUGUGUGGACGUUUCGUAGCGCAGGGCUGCUGAGACGCUGCGCUGCGGUUUCUGGGCAGAGCAGCAGUGGUUUUUUUUUCGCCGCCGCGCGUUCUCCAAGAUGGCGAAGUCCGCGUCGGACCGGCGCGCGAAGCAGGAGACUGGCAAGGAGGAGAAGAAGACUCUGUACGAGUUGCUGCGCGUCUCCCCGAGUGCCUCUCAGAGCGAAAUCACGAAGGCGUACCGAAACCUUGCGCUGCUGCUGCACCCAGACAAAGUUGUGCAUCGCCUUGAGCAGCAGGCAGAGGCGACCAGCAAAGGUGAAGGCAAAGCGGCCGACCUCGAGGAGUUGAAGAGCGAAGCCACAAGACACUUUCAGGAGCUCCAGGCGGCGUACGAGGUUCUGAAGGACCCGAAACGCCGCAAGAGAUACGACGAAACAGGAAGCACAGGUGAUGACGCGGCAGAGUCCUUUGAAGAAGCCUACGAAUACUACCGCCGCGUCUUCCCUGAAUUCAACUCCGCGGACAUCGACAGUUACCGCCAGGUGUAUCUGGAGAGUGCAGAGGAAGUUCAAGAUAUUCUCGAUUUCUGCCACAGAUUUGACGGAGAUUUGACGCAUUUUUUCGAGUAUAUCCCGUUCAGCGACAAAGAGCACCUGCCGCGGUAUCUGCGCAUCCUGAGGGAUCUCGUCGACACCAAGAAAGUGAAGAAGAACGCAACGUUCGUGGAGACGCUCAAGCAGCUCGAGACGCAGGCCGAGAAAUAUGCGGCGCUCGUCGAAAAAGAAAGCAAACAACUCACGAAAAAGAACGCGAAGAAGAAGGACGACAAAAUGGAGAGUCUGAUUCUCGCGAUUCAGAGCAAUCGCCUGAAGCGCGCCCAGAACGCUCGAGACCUCUUCGCGCGGCUCGAGGCGAAGUACCAGAACGCGGACGAAGAAGGAGCGGCUCGCAACGCGACGGACAAAAGAGAGAACAAGAAACGCAGACGAAAGAACUGACAAGGCGCACUCGUAUCUCUUUGCCACCGAGGAGACGACAUCAAGUCCUCGAAGCUGUAAUAACCGACCAAGACACAACGCUCCCCACAUCCAGAUGCAUCGCCUCUCACAAGAGUCCACCAUCCGACACUCCUCUCUACGCAUUCAAACCAUAUAUAUAUAUAUAUAUAUAUAUAUAUCUAUGUAUAUUCUAACUGUAUACGUAUAUAAAUAUAUGAAUGCUUCUUUUUAUCCGCGUAUAUGCUCUACCAAUAUAUAUAUAUAUAUAUAUAUAUAUAUAUAUAUAUUCUAACUAUAUAUUUAUAUGUAUGCGUCUCUGCAUCUGCGUAUACAUUCUAACAAUGUAUGUAUGUAUAUAUAUAUAUAUAUAUAUAUGUUUAUUUCGAUGUUUAUAUUGUACCUGCAGAGAAAAGUUUUUUUCGCUGUAUACGUUCUAGCAAUAUAUGUAUAUAUAUAUAUAUAUAUAUAUAUAUCUUCAUUUAUUCUGUAUAUGUAUUUUAACGCGAUAUAUACGUGUAUAUAUUUCUGUACAAGGUUGCACUGACUUGUAUGAAUGCAUGUGCGUGUUCAAUGUGAGUACAUACACUUGUCUGCCUUGUCUAUGAAUACGCUUGACCGGCGCGCGAAGCGCAUUUUGAUUUCCUGGAAAAGACCGAGAAA